AAGGGGGGUAGUACAUCUUUAAAAAAAAUUCUCGAGCCCAACACGGUCCGUUCGAUAAAAUUGUAGGAUUGUAAACCCAACCUCAUUCACGUUCGGAGAGCCGCUAUCUGUGCACAGAUAGCUAGUUGGCAUCGAUGGUCUUUCUGUGAAUGAUUAUUGCUGGGAGUCUGGUUGAAUGCGAAUCACAUGACACUACCCGAGGCAGAGAUUGAGAGGAAAAGCGCUUCGUCUCCGUUUGCACCGCCAUACUGUAUUUUACCCAUAUCCCAUUUUUAUUGCAACAUUUUACUCUCGCUCGGGAAGGCCCUCAGAGGAGAAUGACCGGGAAGAGUCAGACCAGCAACGUGACCAACAAGAACGACCCCAGGUCGCUCAACUCCAGAGUCUUCAUCGGCAACCUCAACACGGCCAUCGUCAAGAAGACGGACAUCGAGGUCAUCUUCGCCAAGUACGGGAAGAUUGUGGGCUGCUCCGUGCACAAGGGCUUCGCCUUCGUCCAGUACAUGAGCGAGAGGAACGCCCGAGCCGCCGUUGCCGGGGAGAACGCCCGCAUCAUUGCUGGGCAACCGCUCGACAUCAACAUGGCCGGGGAACCAAGACCCUACCGGCCCAAAGUGGGACCCAAGCGGCCGCUCUCUGCCAUUUACAGUGGCUAUGAAUUUGACUAUGACUACUACAGGGAUGAUUUCUAUAGUCGGCUGUUUGACUAUCACGGGCGGAUUGCGCCCCCACCCCGGGCCGUGAUCCCGAUCAAGCGCUCUCGAGUGGCUGUCCCGUCCACGCGCAGGGGGAAGACCGCCUUCUCCGUGAAGAUGUCCGCCUCCUCCUCGCCCAGACAGGCCAUCUCCAGCUCCUCGUCCACCGGACCAAAACUGAAGACGGACCAGCUCCAGACCAUCAAACAGGAGCUGUCACAGAUCAAAGUGAAGAUCGACUCCCUGCUGGUCAGACUGGAGAAGAUUGAGAAGCAGCAGCGAGCCGAGGCCGAGAUGCAGAGGAAGUACGAGGACCGGUACGAGACCCACCACGAGUCCGCGUCCGAGGCGGCGGAACAUUCCGGAGAGGAGGCGGGGGAAGGGGCGCUGGAGACCGAGGCCGGCGAGAUGACCGACGGGGGCGAGGAUGACUACGACGACGAAGGCAGCACUGAUCUGAUCGAGAACCAUGUAUCAGACAUAGACAACUGAAAAAGGGAGAGAGGAGGAAUCGCCACAUGCUGCGAGAGCAGGAACGAGCAGCGCAAACUGCAGAGCCACAAAACGGUUUCUUCAGAUGGAGGGAGUGUGGAAUCUGACCAGAAAUAAUCAAAAAAUCUUUCUGUGAAGGAGAAGAGACCACCAAACAGGACCUGGAUUUCCUUCUAAAAAUGUGACAUUUCACUGCCCAAAGGGGUCUGGCUCACCGGCAAAUUAACCGAAAAAAGACACCACAACGCGCUUUUUCCCCUGUGAAAAUGUUUUUACAAGUCAGACUCAACAUGCCUCUGUGGUUUUACACGCUAUUGUUAUUUAUUUGUAUGUAAGAAAAGAUAUGUUAUGCACACCAUUAGAAUAUGAAUUAAAGAGCUUACAGAUAUGGAGAAAUGGUCAGAUAUAAUGGGGGGAAAAAUCUCUUCAAUUAGUACUAUGUCAGUAGCCUACGUACUUCGUAUGAUUUGCGAUCUAAUGAAACCUCACGAAGAAUUUCCCCCACUGUGUAGUUCAAGGCUGCUGUAUGGAUUUACUUGAAAUGCUUUAUUUCCUGGCAGUUUUGUGUGUUAACAGCUUUGCUGACUUGUCCUUGGCUUUACCUAAAUAUUUAGCCCAUUUAUUUGACUUAUUUUGUUUUUUUACCCCUCAUACAAAUUAAUAUUUUUAGCCUAUGAAACGACAAGGAUAUUAGGGUGAUGAGGACACAGUUUGUUGGUGAUAUUAUCAAGGAAUGUUCCUUAUGCAGUACAACACUAAUUGUCUACUGAACUGCCCUAGCUGCACUGUACAUCUGGCAUUCUAAUUGAGACCAAUAUGGUGUUUUCCAUUAGAGCUGAUGAGUUUGGUCCUACUGGGUUCAAUUCUGCUGACACCUGAACACCUUUUUUUCAGGUACCAUCUACAUCCUCCUUAACAGAUGUUUUCAAGUGAGCAUAUUUUGUGUGUUUGAUAGAAGCGUGAUGUUUGUGCUUUUGUCAGUUUUACUUUAGAGAACCCACACAAUGGUGGUGGCAAAUGGCACUCAUGGUGUGCACAUUCGUUGUGCUCAUUUUAAAGAGUGAACUAUGAAUUUUUUUGAUUUGUCAGCAAAGCCAUGCUACCUGGUUACAAUUAUAUAAUGUUAAAACGGUUUCUACCUAGAGCAUGUUACAGAACAAGAACAUAUUUUUCUGCUUGAUUCAACCCAGUGCAGGCCCAAGUUUACGGUCAUACCUGGCACUGAGCUUACCCCCAGCUUACUGUCAGCCAAAUUCACCCUGGACAGGCCUCCUGGUUGCCCUGAGGAUAGGUGGUAUGUAGCCAAGGUUUGUCAGUGGAACUGCAGCAGGUGUCCUUGGGCAUUAAUCUGGUUGGUCAUGGAGGUCCACCCGUGCCUGUUUUCUAAGGUGCCAGGCUUUUUGAUGGAGGUGUCCAUGGUGACUGGUACCCUUCUGGCCAUCUGAAUGGAUGCUGUCUCUUGCCUCUCAUGGAGUCUGCCGAACAUCUGUCACAUCUGUAAGGCCAACCAACCCCCCCACCAAAACCUUUCCAUAUUCCAAAUCCAGACCCUACCAUUAAACCUAGUAGACAUACAGUAUGUAAAUCACUCUGUGCAGAAAAUAUGAUGUAAGAAUUUCAGGGCUUGCACAGUUUAAAUGCCCCCAAAACAAAUGUUUUCUUCUUGAUGUUUCAGUCUGAGUGGAGAAAAACAUCAAAGCAAAACAUUUUUUGGGAAGCAAUAAUAAUUUGCCAGCGUGGUAAAUUGAAAUGCUCUUGCCACUAAUCAGGCCUCUGUACAGUCAAGGCCUUAAUCUAGCCUUGAUUUUUAUUUUUUUUCAGCUUGUAUUAUUUUUAUUUUAUACAUGUAUUUUUGUUUUAUUAUUAUUAUUAGUUUCAGUUACAACCAAACUCAUUAUGUCAGGCAAGACAAUAAAAAGUUCAAUUAUUUAGUCGGUUUCAUUAAGGAAAAACUGCCAAGCCUGCAUGUUGGAUGUGUUCCAAAGUCAUAACGGAGCUUGAGGCCUCAGUACUGUCUGAAUCGUUCGGACAGCUGGAGCCAUUUGCUUCCGAGGAGGAAACACCGGAGUAGAUCUUUAUUCAUAUUCCCAGUUGAGUGUGAAGAAUCUCAUUCCUGAAACCCAGGUGCUUGAUAACUCAUUUGAUCCUGAGAAAGGCAUAGAUACAUUUCCAUGUUAGUUAGUCUGUUUUUUUAACGGUCACGGCAAAUCUGUUUGCAAAGAUGGCUAAAAUAUUACAUUGAGCUCUCUAUUUUUGUAUGCUUGAUUUCCCUUGGCGAAAGUGUUAUUAUUAAACCGAUAGGCCUCCUGCCUUCCAUUGUUUUGGUUUUUUCAUUUUUGUUGUUGUUGUUCCUUCUGAAUGGUAAAUAAUUUACAAUGCAGAGCACUGCAUCACUUGGGAAAUGAAAGCAGUGUGUUGGAACAAUAGUAUGCGUCAUAAAAGAAAGACAAUGAGAUGCUCUUAGGAGAGUGUUGUUUUCCGAGACUAAACUACAAAUGCCAACAUCUCAGAAUCCCAAGCCUGUACACAAUUGAAGAUUAUGGGUUUAAUAGAAGUGUACAAUGUCCAAUCAAAGAGGUUUAAUUAAGUAAACAAAUGAUGUUGUACAGAAAUGUAAAAAAAAAAUUGUAAAUCUAUUUUUUAUGAUGAGCAUGGUGUUGAAAGUGCUGUUAAAAUGUGUUUUAUUUGUAUUGAAUAGUUUUUGGCUGUUGUAUGGCUGUAGGCUCUCUCUCUUGAGUAGAACAGAGAACAAUUAAAGUGCUCUCUAUGUAUGUUCA